CAAUAAUAAACAUUAUGUAAUAAAUGUAAACACAACAAACUUCAUAAACAACCAGUGAAUCAAAAGAUUAUUUUGGAGCAGUAAUCUGUUUUGUUUUUAUUCCUAAAAUCCAAAUUUAUAACGUUGCAUGCCAUAAUAAUUGCUUGUAACUGUACCUGAUUAAGAGAACUAUCUAGGAAGUUUGUAACAAUGGCUGCAAUGCCCAGUGAUUGGCAGUUAGAAUGUGUAAAAGUGAAGCAAAGAGGCGCGUAUCUCUUGCAGUCCGGGCAAUGGUCGGAUUGCACCUUCCUGGUAGGCGCCGAGCCGAACCAGAUUCUCAUGGCCGGGCACAAGUUGAUCCUGGCCAUGGCGUCUCCCGUUUUCGAGGCUAUGUUCUAUGGAGGCAUGGCUGAGAGGAACGAGGCAAUACCUAUCUUGGAUGUCCAACCUGAUGCCUUUAAGGCGCUUUUGGAGUAUAUUUACACAGAUAAUAUAAAUAUUAGCUCGUUUGAUAAAGCUUGUGAGUUGUGCUAUGGUGCCAAGAAGUACAUGCUGCCUCACCUGGUGAAGGAGUGCACCAAAUAUCUGUGGUCGGACUUGUACCCUCGGAACGCGUGCAGGGCAUACGAGUUUGCUAGGUUGUUUGAGGAGAAUGUCCUGAUGGAUAAAUGUUUACAGAUUAUAAGUACAAACACUAAAGAAGUGCUGAACGAUAGCAGCUUUGAAGAUGUGGAACUAAACACUGUGAUCACCGUCUUCUCACUGGACCAUCUGAACGUAGACAGCGAGCUGGAUCUCUUCGACGCAGCAGUGAGAUACGCUAAGGCGCAGGACAAGAGGACAACAGAGAGAAGCGUUAGCCCUCCUACUGAUAAUGGACCUCCUACUGAAAAGAGGUCUAAGAGUCCUGAGGCUUCUACUUCUAAGGAGAAGGUUGUUAACCUAGAGAGCAGUGCUGAAAACAGUCCUGAAGCGACAAUGGAACCGCAGAAACCUGAGGAAAUUGCAGAGGAAACAGUGCCUGGACCAUCACCGGAAGAUAACGGACGGAAUAAGGAUGCCAAAGACAACAAACCAAAGAUCCGCAGCGCGAUAGAGAAUAUCCGUUUCCUGACGCUAACGCCGCAGCAGUUCGCGGAGGGUCCGGCCAGGUCGUCACUUCUCACCGAAUCAGAGGCUUUUGCAGUACUCAUGAACAUCCUUUCCAGUAGUUCUGAUGUGCCAAUGCCUCGAGGCUUCUCCACAUGCAGAGUGCCAAGAAAACAAUUGAUUGGCGGUGGACCCUCCUCAAAUAUGGCGACAUUCACGGUGGACACGCCGAGCCCGGUGGCGGAGCAGGUGUUCGGCUCAGGGGGGGCAGAGAGUCGACACUCGCUGCACUCGCACUCCUUCCGACCGCCCCGACACGACGGCACGCACCACGGCAUUCGCAUGUCCUCAAUGGUGCAUAAUCCAGCGCUGCCUGGCCUCAGCGUGGAGCACCUGGAGCGACACCAGCAGGGCGCCGACAUCAGCAAGGUGUACUGCACGCGGCCCAUCAUACAGCACACUGACUGCCUCAACACUAGUGUGCUAGACUGCUCGGUCACUUUUAUGGUUGAUAAGAAUAUAUGCCUGUUGGGUGUGCAGGUGCCAACCCAAGCCCCGAGCGAGGAGAGCGCGAUGUCGUCGCUGGGCGGCGCAGGCGCGGGCGGGUCGGGCUACUCCGAGCUCCUCUACGCGCAUCUCCUCGACGCGGACGGCGCGCGGCUCACCUACACGCACUACACCAACCGCGUGCCCUACCGCUACCUGCUCGACAUCAUGUUCAACCGGCCCGUCUUCAUACAGAGGAACAAGGUGUACAAAGUGGGCAUAGUGUUCAACAAGGUGGGGUGGUACCCGAUGGGCACGUGCGCGCAGCAGGUCGCCGCCGAGUCCGUAUUCUUCAACUUCGGCAUCGGACAGAGCAGCGACUCGGUCCGCGACGGACUCAUACGGUCCAUCAUAUUCACGUACUGACCGGCGGGGGACCAACGGACACGAGUGUGAAAACAAGAGCAACACCGCUACUCAAGUUGCUGCACUUAAAGUAUUAUUUUUUUAAUCAUCAACCCAAAAAGAUAUAAUGUAUUGACUGAUGGUGCCGUUUUGCGAACUUUCUUUAUCAAAUAAGAAAGGAAUGACGCAAUUUCGGCCACAAAUCUUACAGGAAUCUGUAUAGAUACAUAUAAAAACAAAUACGAAUGAACCUUCUCCUUGUUUUGGACAUAGGUUAAAAAUUUGUGAUUAGUUAUAAUUUGUCUGAGCUAUUAUUACUGAUCUUAUUUAAUCUUUCAAUUGUCAGAUCUAAAUUAACCAAUUAAUAGGGUAACUGACUACUUUUUUAAAAUAAAUUUAUCAAAAAUGUAUUUCAUCCAGGAUCUAUUCACAUUUUCAAAAUCCACGCAAUAAUAAAAAAGUUAUAAAGCUUUGAAAUUUGGUGGAAAGGGAAGCUGUUAAUUUACAGUCAUAUUGAAAUAUUGCGUUACCCAGUGCCACCAGCCAUAACGCUGCGUGAGUUAGAAAUGUAUAGCGCGAUAUCGCCACUUUUGUUCACAACAAUAUUUCAAAUAUGAAUAAUUGCUUUAUUUUUCAAUAAAUUUUGACGCUGAUUUUACAGAAGAAUUUCUUUUUCAUAUUAUUAUAUGUUACUUACAAAAUAAUAAACUAAAUCUAACAUAGGAAACUAUCGUAUUGUAACCAGAGUGAAUAAAAAAUUUGGCAAUUGGAUAGAAUUAUCACACUAGUUUUUAAUUUGUUGUGUUCUGGACUACAUUAAAUAUCUGUUAAUUCUGAUUUUUAAGAAACUAAAGCCCUUACCGAUAUACUUUGUAAAUAUAAAAUAAUAGUAGAUAUUUAAAAAUGGUUUUGGAACAAUGUUUCUAUAGAAAUAGAGCAAACAAUAAUGAUGUUUUUUUAAGUACGACUUUGACUUGAGUAGUGGGUGUUCUUUAGCUUAGAGACAGUUGGGUGUUAUUUAUUUUAAUUAUUGAAUUAUUUAGGCCAGGUACUUUGAAAUUGGCAUUGGACUAUCUUUCUAGUUUAAUAUAUUUAAUCAUUCACUAUUUGCAGUGCAAACUGUAUAUAACACACAUUCAUACUGUAUGUCAGUGUAAAGUAAUUAUGUUUGUUAUCAUAAGUAAAUAUUUUGUAAGUGAUAUGUAUUACUGUUUAUUUUUAAACUUUAUAUUAUAACUAAUUCUCUAGAGGCAAGCUAGAAUUUUAUAAAUGUACAAUUAAUGUUUCAUAAAGAGGUUCCAUAUCGUCGUCUCCUUUAGGUUUUGGAUCAUAAAUAGCCAAACUAACCUCCUCUUUCAAUAUGGAAGCCUGGUUUUUUAAGAAGGCUGUAUAACUAUGAUUCCUAUACCUGUACUGUCUGUGAAGUUUCUUAUGAUUGUACCGAGUUUUGUAAAAGCAUUUCAACCCAUUGGUUGAAGACACAUUCGUCUUCACAUAAAAUAUUUACAUGCUGAAUAAUGGAAGUCUAUUUUCAUGCCAAAAAGACUGGUUUAGAUUUGUCAAAUAAAAUUGUAUGAUUUGGACACCAUUUAUUUAAAAUAUUGGUAAAAAAAUUUAGUAAAUUGAAAUAAUUUUUGUGCUUUUAUGGGUUGAAACGUCUCUUCAUUACGCGGCUAAAGAAUGGAUAAUGGAUAUAUUUUAUAGUAAUUUAUAUAAUAGUAUAGAUUGAAAGUAGGCUGUAAUUUCGCUAGGCGAUGUACGACCUGAAAAUUGUUAAAUUAGUUUAAAAUUAUUACGAGAAAGUAAGGUAUUCUAAACAUUUCUAAUAUCCUGUCGCAGGGGUUUGAAACAUUUUGAAGUGUAUUUGGAAUAAUUAUGUUUUUAUUUUAAAAAUGUUAUUGGAAUUGUUAUCUUUGGUCAUCUUUUCAAGAUUGUCAAAAUUAGAGACAGUCAUUCGCGAAAUUUUGAUCUUUUUAUGUACAUUAACUACGGAUGUUUUCAAAAAACGACCACGAUCCCUAACUUCAAAUCAAUGGCAACAUAACGUCCGUGUUCAAUAAUGGAUCUAUCGUGAAAAUGCACCAAUCAGAACAAAGCAUUUUGACAUGUUUAGAAAUCAUAAAAAAUUAUGUGUACGCGAAUGUUAGACGUUGAAAUAAAACUAUUUUGUAGCCUUCAAGGCCAGUCCACUCCGUAACUACGAAAGCUGCAGUCUUCAAAACGUUAGGAGAAAAUUAUAUUUAAAUACCGCGAUAUAAUAUUCGCAAAAUAGUUUUAUUUCUAUUUUUAGAAACCACUUAUCAGGGUGGUUUAUUAUCGAGAUCGGAUUGAAGAUUACGAUUGAGAUCGUUCAUUGAAAAUGGCCGAACCAAUCAGAAUCACUCAUGUAUCAUCCUGUCAAACAAAGUAUUCUUAUUGGUUAGUUUUCGCUAUCGGUUCAAAGGUAGUAUUUAGGAUCAUUUAUUGAAAUGACUGCUUCAUUACUUUUGAUCUCUGUGUGUUAAUUAUUGAAUUGUGUACGAAUGGUAUUUGUUUAUUAAAUGUGUUUAAUAGAAAAUA